UACCGAGCAACCAAGCAUUGUAUUAUUGAGUAUAGACCAAACAUCUUCAUACUCUCUCUCUCUCUCUCACAAGAAGCACUUGGAAAGUUUUGUUUGACCGGUCCCCAUCUUUCAACCUCUGACUUCUCCUAAAAGCGCUUUUCUCUCCCUGCCUUUGCCGUGUGGUUCACUCAAACCAAACACGCCCUUACAUGCCACAGCUCCAGAGCCCCCAUUUCACAUGGACGCUUGUUUUUCCACAACCCUUCUCCUAAAUACUUUCGUGUUUGAGGCAUAAGCAGAAUUAUGAACUCACAAGCUGUUGUUUUUGCCACUGCCAUAGUUGUCUCCAGCACCCUUCUCUUCCUUGCUUUCGGAAAGCAAAAAGCAGCUUUUUCUUCAUCUCCUGAUUUUUCUCAAGGGAAAAGUCUGCGUUCUUGCUUGUAUUCAGAGGGGAAAAAGAGGCAAAGGAAGAAGAAAAGAGUGCAUUUUGCGGAGAAUGUGAAGGAGACGAGUGGCAAUGGAAAGGAAUACAGAAAAGAACACACGAAGAAUUUUAUGAAAAAAGCUGACAGAAAUUGCAAAAAGGAAAUUCCAGGAAUGCCUGCAAAUAGAGUUGCUUUGUACAAUGGAAUUCUCAGGGACAGAGUUUACCCAACACAAUGCUCUUAUUGAUCACUGUAAAUCAAUUUUAAUUUCCUUCUUUCACUUUCCCAGAAACCAUGUAAAUUUGUGAAAAAAUAUUAUUUCUUUUUUAAUCUUAAAAAUUGGGCAAAAUGUGAACAUCAGUUGUUGAAUAUUCAACUUUGUUUCCAGUCCUCUCUGUAUGUAGAGUUUGACGAGUAAAAAUGUUAUAUUGACUACAGAAAAUUCAGUCA